UGCAUCCUCUGCAGUGAAUGGGUGCCGUCAGAAUGAGAGUCCAAACAGCUGAUGAAACCAUCACAAUAUCUGUGUGUUUGUAAGAGUUGUAAGCCAUAAUAAAGCCUCCUCCAAGGAAAAAGUCCAUCUCCUGUUGUCAUCUCACAUCAAAAUCCACCAUGUUAUGGACCAUUUUCACUUGUAAGAGGUGCUUUAUCUGUGCCUAUUUCUCUCCUGAUUCAGACAAGAUGACUUUCUCAGAAAGCAAUAUUAUGGACUCAUAUUCUCUAAAUAUGUUCCUAUGAACAAACAAACUGCUCUACAUCUUAGUUGGCCUGAGGGUGAGGAGAUUUUCAGCAGCUUUUUCUCUUUUGGUUAUUUUAAGAAAUGAAAAUGUGAAAUUUAAGAAGCUUUUAUCGGUUAUGAAGUGAAUGAGCGUUGAACAUCUCUUUCUCACCCCACAUUCUGAUCUCCUCGCAUGUUAUGGUUUCUUCAAGAUGACAAACACAGACACGUCCAUGGCGUCUCCACCUCACUUGUUCUGCAGACAGAUCAGCAGAGAGGAGUUUGACCUGAAGAGGGUCUCUGGACCUCAAAGAGCCGUCGUGGAACUAUUGGAGAACAUCAUACAAGACAAGAACAUGUCCAUCAAAGACAAGAAGAAGAAGCUGGAGCAGUUCCAGAGAUCUCACCCUGACAUCUACCGUAGACGCUUUCCCACCUCUGAAAGCGAGGCGGUGGUUUUCCCAGAGAGACCCCAGAUACUCAAAGCUCAGCUGAUGUACCUCACGCUGAAGAAACCCUUCCAAGCCUUCCAGAGGAGCUGGAGCUUUCAGGUUUAAUGCAGCGCUCAGAGCGGUCAGUUUGACUCUAAGGCGACAGUGUUAAGUAUUAUUAUCAAGGAGAGAUGUUACUGAAUAUUAAAGGUUGCAUUCUGCCAGGACAUCCUGAAUCUAAAUAACACUAAAUUCACCUCAUCAGUGAUCAGAUGGAUUAAAUAAAGUAUAAUGCUGUGCAUUGGAGCCCUCUACAAGCAAAACCAUUGUUUUUUUCAUGGACUAGUCAACUUUGUGAUUUUUGGCUAUUUUGCUUUCUUAACAUGCUUACUUUCAGACUAGUGCAAAGAAAACAUCUAAAAUACACAUUUAAGUAUUUGCUUUAUCAUACUUGAUCUAUUUGCAUCUGUAGAUUUCAAUUAAAGAACAUAUCUGUAUUAAUGUUUUUUCCCUUUGUUUCUGGCUGUUUGACAGUAUUUUCUGAUUUAUGGAGUGAUAAAUUAAAGCAAUAAACCCUAAGAA